AUGCUUAGUCCCAAAAAAACCAGAUUCCGUAAACAACACCGAGGAAGAAUGAAAGGAAAAGCCUGUCGAGGUAAUAAAAUUUGCUUCGGAAAAUAUGCUCUUCAGGCACUUGAGCCCGCUUGGAUCACAUCUAGACAAAUAGAAGCGGGGCGGCGCGCAAUGUCACGAAAUGUUCGCCGGGGUGGACAAAUAUGGAUACGUAUAUUUCCAGACAAACCUGUUACAGUAAGACCAACGGAAACCCGUAUGGGUUCGGGAAAAGGAUCUCCCGAAUAUUGGGUAGCUGUCAUUAAACCCGGCAAAAUACUUUACGAAAUGGGAGGGGUCGCAGAAAAUAUCGCUAGAAAGGCUAUUUCAUUAGCAGCAUCCAAAAUGCCUAUACGAACUCAAUUCAUUCUUUUAGAAGAGAGUCAUAAUUAG